GGUUUUUCAGAUGCCUAGUAUCCGGUAGGAGAUGCAACCGAACGACUACUCACCAUAGCGCAGACAAGUGACUGCUACUCUCCCUCAACGUUCCUGUUGACCAAGACAACCGAACAAGAGUCAAUGACGGCCGCCACGGGCAAAGGAUCGUCCAAAGCGCCGACUCGAAAGGAACCACCUUAUGUCGAAAUGACGCUCAAGGGUCAUGAAGAUCGUGUUUACGAUGUAGCUUUCAUCGCUGGGACUCGUCUCCUCGCCACUGGCUCAAUCGACAAGAGUCUUCGGGUGUGGGAUCUGGAUACUGGAAAACAAGUGGGGGAGCCCUUAUUGGGUCAUGAUGACGAAGUCAGGAGGGUCGCAGCGUCCCCCGAUGGGCGUUGGAUUGUGAGUGGAGGACAGAACGGAAGCAUCCUGGUGUGGGAAGUUGCGACAAACAAGAGAGAACUCAAAAGAGUGCCCGUCCCAUUCAAGGGCCAUGAGAAUCAUAUGGUUUGGGAUGUUGUAUUUGCACCGGACAGCGAGACAUUUGCAAGUGCAUCAUAUGACAAAACGGUAUGCGUUUGGAAAGGGAGACAGGAAAAUAGUCCUUGGACCACUCAAAGUGGGCGACUGGGCACUCUCGGUGGCGUACUCCUCGGAUGGGACAAAACUAGCAGCAGGCACCCAAGAACAUAUCAUCAUUUGGAAUACAGCAACUGGAAAAGAAUUACUUAAAAUAGAACAGCGGGCAUGGCGAAUUGCAUUCACUCCAGAUGGUGUCCGUCUCGUCAGCGGAGACUGGAAGGACAUCCGAAUAUCAGAUGCAGCCACCGGAGACGUCAUCAAACAGUUUGACGCGCACACUGAUGCCUUUUACUCACUAUCCAUUGCUCCCAAUGGCACCAAAUUCGCAACCACUUCAUACGACAAGACAACGCGGUUCUUUGAUCUGAUCACUUUGGAACCCAUCGGCGAGCCACUCGAGCACCCUGAUGCCGUCUAUAGUGUGGCCUUUUCCAAGGACAGCCAGCUCAUCGCCACAGGCUGUGUGGACAACCUCGUUCGCACAUGGACAGUUCCUCUGACCGAAUCAGAAAAGGAGUCCGAACAGAAAAUUCUUAAAAAAACCAUCCCAAGCACACAGCAUCGCCCAAGACGCGCUCCAAUACAGACCAGUAGGUUCUUCGAUGAUUUUGAUCCUGGACGCAACAACCGCGCUGCUAUCACCGCGCACCACGCUGAAGGGUCCGGAAUCAAGAACAUAAUGAAGCGUCUCUUUUCUCGCUCUUCCUCUCCCCAGGACCAUGCUCCUCGGCCACGCAGGAUUCCCUUGUGGACGUCUUUGCAACACGAGGCAAAUAUCGCACUGCUAAUGCCCAGAGUGGAAAACGACAUCUGGCGAGGCCGCUACAUCCUCCUCGUCGGCAAGUUCACACUGGUGCCUCAAGCAGCAGCACGCCACCAGCAGGGACAUCCAAUGCGAUCAGUGGAACCACAUCGGAACCCUUGCAGACAGAGAGUACCAAUGGUUCUUCUGCAACUAACAGACCGCCUUCCCCGCUGGACGUCGAGCAUGUUCCACACACCAGCUGCUUUGCAGUUCUCGCAAGGUGCUUCCCGCGUCUAUCACGCACUUGACAAACCUGUCCAUCCGCUUCAGGUUCCCCCUAGACUUCUUGUCCCUUCCCAACCUUUUCAUUGGUGCAAUCUUACUUCAAGAUACUUAUGACAUUCGAUGAUGCUCCCGUGGAUGACUACAACCAUACGUACCAUUCACUCGUUCAGCCGAAAAGAUACCAGUCGUAAUUGACUCUUUUUUUCAUUUGCAUGGAUUACAUGUACCAGCCGAGUAUAUAACAUUUGAUAGCUUUGCAUAGCGACCCAUCACUUACGUGGUCAACCUAGUGUAUUAACGAGGCAUCUAUACACUGAUGCAUACAAAAAACAUAGUGCAUUGCAAUCCUGAUUUCAACAUCCCCAGCAUAAGCAUAAAGUACUUAAAAGUCAAACACCGCGUACGCGGAAAGCAGCACGCAGACCACUACGCAGACAUACGG